GCUACGAUGAAUGUUUUGGUGUAGAAGAACAUGUCAACUUCAUUAGGAUUGCACAUAGUCGAUCCUCGCAUCCUGAGCGAUCAAGUAGGCGAUGUUCAUCCACCCACUUCUCUCACAGCUCCCCCUCCUCGUCUUUCUCCUCGUCCAUCAAGGAUGGCCUCCAUCUCUCAAGAUAAUUUGUACUCGAAUCUCGCAACUUUCACCUUUGGUGAACCUCGAACUUCAGAUUCAGAUGACGAGUCUCCAGAUGCAAUCAGCCCACUCACUCCAAUAACACGAACUGGCGCUGACAGGACACCUCGUCCAUCAGUUUCAGUUUCAACUUUUAGCAGUCAUCCUUCGCAGGGUCCAGGACGCCCAGCUUCAACUACCUUUCCCUCAUCUUCACGCUCAAUUAGACGAGAGUAUACAGAUGGGGAAAGCAGCGAAGAUCCCUCAUCACCCGAUCUCAACCCGAGUCGCCGAUUCCACCGAUCCCGUCUCAUCCCAGACAACGUCAGUCAGCACACUUUCGGCCACCCUGCCUUGCGCUACUCCACCGCGUCAAUCGCUUCCUCCCGCUCAAGCUCACGUGCAAGUUUCCGCUCAGAACUUCACUUCAGCAGCGACGAGGAAGUAGAGAUCGCUUCUUACGACGGCUCCUCCUCGCCAGUCACUUUUGCCCGUGAUCUCGACAAUAUCGACGAGAACGAGAACAGCCCAGUAUUCCACCCCCGUCCCCUUUUCGAGCCCCGCCGUGGCAGCCUCCCAAUGGCAAUCCCAGGCGCAUUAUCAGAUGCAGUCAGCAAUCGCAGCCGCGAAGACAGCAUUCUCACCAUCCGUCGUCCAUCUCGUAGUCUUGACGAUGACCUCUUGUCUUCACAUAGUGGCGAAGAUGCCGCUGCAGUCGUACCCCGCAGCGAACCCCUCACCCGUGCUGACUUUCGUUCACUCGAGGCUCAUGCAGUCCAACAGCAGUCAGAACCAGAUACAUGGGCAUCAGGCUGGGACCUGUCCUAUGUUCUCUCCAGAAAGAGCGAAGGAAGCAUCCGUUCAUUCCGAUCAACCGCUCAGCUUUCCUUCCUCGCACCAGCCCGCAACAGCGCCGGCGCCGCCGAGCUCUCGCGUUUAUCUAAUAUGUGGAAUGGCGGGCGUCGUACCAGCACCGGCACACUGCAAACGACCAAUAGCGGGGAAGACACCUUUCUCAAGCAUGUCGGCAUGUACGACCCACAAAACCAGUGGAGCUUUAUGAAGGAAAAGGCAGAUGCACAGCCCGUCCCUACUAUACGCCGUCCGAAUGCUCCAGGUACUCCGAUAAAUAUGGACAAGGCAAAGCGCACCAUGUACCCUGGCACCCAAGAAAUAUGGAGGAGCGGCCACGUCGGUCGAUAUAGAGUCGAUAGACUCACCUUCAAACCAGCGUCAACCGCAGACCCCGCCAAAGCAGCCCAGCAACGUAUCAAUGUCAGACACAUCCCGGACCCGUUCCUUAAGGGCCCCAAGAACGGACCGAGCACCGUCAUCCACAAACAUUCUCGCGCGACUGCAUUCUCAAUAUUUCGUUCCUAUACGCUUUUCACAGCUAAACGCGCCGGGACUGGAUCUCGCAAUAUCCACAUGCACACAAGCGGGGGCAUCAUGCUCGCACCGAAGAAAGUGCAGGAACAAUACACGAGCACGAAAACGACAAGCAAACUCAGCACGCACGGCUUGCUCGAGGAUGGAUCGCGGAAGCCUAUUGGGAACGGUGAUAAAUCACGUCGUGGGGCGUUUGAGAAGGACAAGCGGCGGGAGAAGGAAAAGGAAGAUGCAAAGAAGGCAAAGACGAAAGCAAAGGAAAAGAAGAAGGACAAGAAGAAUGAGCGGAUGAGUAAUCCAACGGAAAGUACAGAGUCGAGCACUGCGACGAGUAGCACUGGGAGUAUCAGUGGGUCACAGAUCAUGCCCGCUCCCGCCCGACCCACGAUGUCCAAGAUCACAUUCGCGCCUUCGAUCAUGUCCCCUAGGUCUCCUACAAAACUCCAAUCAACGAGUGGACCAUCUUCACCAGAAACAUCAUCAACGCUUGACCACUCCUCCAAGAAACUCCUCCAAUCCGAUUCCUCGACAUCCGUCGUGAGCCACAUCCGCGGACACCGCGACAGCAUCGAUUCCGACGAACAUCUCCCUACACGUACCCCCCACGCCGAAGCCUUCGGAACGCUCGAUCCCAACGAUAUCGAGCACCUGCGCAGAGCGCAAAAACCCUCCGAUGGCAGCAGUUCGUUCGCAAACCGUAUAUUCCGACGAUUCCGCGGCACAUCCUCCCGAGCAGACACUAACGCCCUCGCAGCCGUGACUCCCCAAAACGCCUACAGCCCUCCAUGGAUCGUCACCGCCGGACGAGACCAGAACGAAGAACACGUGCGCGUGCUUACAGAUCUGAAUAAUUCCUUCCGGGAUGUUGGGCUGCUGCAUACUCAGCCUCAUCAUAAAGUGGGGGUGAAGAGUGUUGCGAAGAAGAGGGCGGCGCAUGAUAUUUUUGAUUAUGUCCCUGAGGAUUCGCUUUACAUGCUGUUGCCGCUGUGGGCGGGGGAGACGGAUCCGGGGAGUGGGGGGGCUGCAAGUAGCAGCAUCAGUGCGAGUAUCAGCGACGCUAGCACUGCCGCUACAACCGCUAGCACUGCCACGAGCGCGACGCUCCCCACGAUCCCUGAAGACCGACAAUAUCUCCUCGUCUGGUACGUCCCCUUCGAAGACAAGAACAAAAACCCCUCCACCGCCAAGAAAAAACCGAAACAAACGCAUUCCACCUCCGAUCCCAACGCCGAAGCUAAUCAAAAAAACGUGUUUCUCAGUAAUUUCCGGGUGAAUGCGAGGUUGGUGGGGUAUGAUGAUUUGAGGGGGUCGGGGAUUAGGUUGCCGAGUGAUGGGUUGGCUGUUGGUGUGCCUGCUUGGGAGGUCAAUGGGAUUGGUGGAGGGCAGCGGGAUCGGGAGGGACAAUCACCAGAACCGCAACUAGGACAACAACAGGGGACAGCACUAGCACUGGACCCCCAACUCCCGGAAACGGUGAUAUGCAUGUGCAGCAGCCGCGACAACGGCUUCCUCUUCCAACCCGAGGGGUUGACAAAGCUUGGGUUGUGUCUCCAAGAAGAGGUGGCGUUGCCUGCUGCUUCUAACCCUCUAACUGUGUAUUUCAGUGAGAUGGAGACGUCUGAGAUGAAGCAUUCGUUGACGCCUGUUGGGAGGGCUGCUGUUGAGAUGGUUUGGUUGGGGUGUUUGGCUAUCACCAGUUUUGGGCCUUAUCAAUGAGGGGAGGUGUGGUGUUGAGUCGUGCGUUAUGUUUUUUCUUCGUCUUUUCUUUUUUUUCACUCAUGUUCACUACAGGGGCUGGAGAUUAUCGUAAUCGAUAUCUUAUUUAUCUCUCCCUCUCCCUUUACCCUUUGCAUCUUUCCUAGUCCAUUCUAUCUUAGUCCUUUCCGAUCUGAAUCCUCAGUCCUGAUUUCUUUUG